UACAGUUGAAGAAGGGGAUAUAUCCCAAAGUUUCCAACCACACAGCAACUUCAUUCAUUCAAUUAAUCUGAAGCAAAACCCUUUCCUGCCACUGUGGCAAACUUAGCAAUUCAUGGUGAUGCUAAAAAGAACCUGCAACAGAAACAGAGUAGCUGUAUCGAACUCUCUCUCUCUUUCUCUCUCUAGAAGAAAAUGAUAAAAGUAAACUACUUUUGAACCAAGCAAUCACGAGCCACCCCUGAAAUCUCUGCCUUUGAAUUCAUCUUUCUACUGCCAAACGACCUAAUCCUCCUUAUCCUAUCAGAAAAUCUGCAACCCUUUUUCUCACUUCAUCUGCAAACUCUGCGUUUUCAUGCAUUCUCUCUUCCUUCGCUUCAGUUUCUUGAAACCAUAUAUGAAAGGAAAUUAUGUCUCACUCCAUGCACUCUGUUCUAAUCAGGAGGUUUCAGUUCACUCAUUCAUGCUUUGACACACAUAAGAAAGCUCAUCUUUUUAAUGGAAAAUAGUCUCCUGGUUCUCUUAUCUCUCUGUUUCUUCUCUGAAAAUUUUGAAGCUUCAACAUCCUUGUUUCUGUUCUUGAUGAAAACCCAUAUCUGUUUUCCACUCUUCCAUGUGACCCAUGUUUCGGAAUCAGUUCAUGCACUUCCUGAAAUCAAUUCACACAUUCAGAAGGAAAAUCAUUACUCCUUUUGAUUGUUUAUUUUGCCAGAAAGCUUCCUAUAAAUUUUAUACAAUCCAGAGUUUUCUGUAAAGGGUUUUUCCAAUGGCGACCUCAUGUUUCCAUGCACUUCGUCUCCGAAAGUCGAAGGGCAAGUCGUUGCCAAAUCCGUCGACGUCGAAAACCCAGUAUAAUUCAGAUAUGAACAGCAUGGAGAGGAAGAGAUUCGAUAGCUUGGAGUCAUGGUCGAUGAUAUUGGAGUCGGAAAAUGUGGAGACUUGGGAGGUGGCCAAGGAGGACCAGGAGGAGUGGACUGCUGAUCUUUCUCAGCUGUUCAUUGGUAACAAAUUUGCUUCUGGAGCACACAGUCGGAUUUACCGUGGGAUUUACAAGCAGAGAGCUGUUGCUGUGAAAAUGGUGAGGAUUCCAAACCAGAGGGAGGAGACCAGAACCUUACUUGAGCAGCAAUUCAAGUCUGAAGUUGCUCUGCUUUCGCGGCUAUUUCAUCCCAACAUAGUGCAGUUUAUUGCAGCUUGUAAAAAGCCACCUGUGUACUGUAUCAUCACAGAGUAUAUGUCACAAGGAACACUGAGGAUGUAUCUCAACAAGAAAGAGCCUUAUUCUCUUUCGACUGAAACGAUUCUGAGGUUAGCGCUUGACAUAUCCCGGGGAAUGGAGUAUCUUCAUUCUCAAGGAGUGAUCCACAGGGACCUGAAGUCAAAUAAUUUGCUUCUCAAUGAUGAUAUGAGGGUCAAGGUUGCGGAUUUUGGCACAUCGUGCCUUGAAACGCAGUGCCAGGAGACGAAAGGAAACAAGGGGACUUAUCGUUGGAUGGCACCGGAGAUGAUCAAGGAGAAACCUUGUUCUCGGAAAGUUGACGUUUAUAGCUUUGGAAUUGUGCUGUGGGAGCUGACAACGGCUUUGCUGCCUUUUCAAGGAAUGACUCCUGUGCAGGCUGCAUUUGCUGUGGCUGAGAAGAAUGAACGGCCUCCAAUGCCGGCUAGUUGUCAACCGGCACUUGCACACCUCAUCAAGCGCUGUUGGGCACCAAACCCCUCGAAGCGACCAGAUUUUAGCGAUAUUGUGUCUGCUUUGGAGAAGUAUGAUGAGUGUGUGAAGGAAGGUCUUCCACUCACACACCACUCGGUGCUGGCAAGUCGAAAUGUCAUCCUCGAACGCUUGAAAGGUUGUGUAUCUUUGAGUUCAUCCAUACCUGUACAUGCCUGACGCCAUUACUUGGAAGGUAAUGUUGUUAUUGUUAUUACUUUCCAUGAUGAAGGAAGCCCUUUAUAAUUUGUACAUGAUGUUCUUUUAACUAUCUAAUGUAACACUACGAUGAUUAUAAACUUUGUUGUACUUAGUUUCCAUUAACUGAUCCUAAUUGUUUGGUUUUGAAUAGCUCCAUCAAUGAAUGUUUAGUAUAGAAUUCCAAAUGAGCAAAGAGAUUGGAUUCGUCCAUUUAUCCAGAAAGAUUAUUCUAGCUUGUGGG